AUGGAGUUUUAUGGCAUAUUAUUUAUUGGACACCACAAUUUCUCAUUUGGAUUUGUUUUACCACUUAUGCAGUCAAUUUGUCAAACAGGUGAAUUUUAUCUAAAAGGAAAGAUUCGAUAUGCUUUAAGAUCAAAUUUUAUUUAUUAUGAAACACUUUUGCUGAUAUUCGGAAUUCUUGUUACUUAUAUGGCAGUUAAUUAUAAGUUAAAUGCAUCAAAUUUUAAAGCGACUAUUAUCGCCGCCAGUACAACAUGGGGCCUUUUCCUUCUUGUGUUAAUGCUUGGCUAUGGUCCUGUUCAAGUACCAUUAGAUGUUUAUCAUCAUUCUCGAACAUCUUAUAUGCUUUCUCAUAUUCAAUUUAAAUUAUCUAAACGUUACAGUUAA